CUACUGAUCAGUUAUACAACGAAUGCAUUUCCUGGAGAGUAUAUCCCUACUGUUUUUGACAACUACUCUGCCAAUGUUAUGGUAGUUGGGAAACCAGUGAAUCUGGGCUUAUGGGAUACAGCUGGACAAGAAGAUUAUGACAGAUUGCGCCCCCUCUCCUAUCCACAAACAGAUGUUUUCUUAAUUUGUUUUUCCCUUGUGAGUCCUGCAUCAUUUGAAAAUGUCCGUGCAAAGUGGUAUCCGGAAGUACGACACCACUAUCCCAACGCUCCUAUCAUCCUAGUGGGAACAAAACUUGAUCUUAGGGAUGAUAAAGACACAAUUGAGAAACUGAAGGAGAAGAAGCUGACUCCCAUCACCUAUCCGCAAGGGUUAGCCAUGGCUAAGGAGAUUGGUGCUGUAAAAUACCUGGAGUACUCAGCACUCACACAGCGAGGUCUCAAGACAGUGCUUGAUGAAGCUAUCCGAGCAGUUCUCUCUCCACCUCCUGUCAAGAAGAGGAAGAGAAAAUGCCUGCUGCUGUAA